UGUGCAACGGUCGAUCCCUUUGUUUUUCUUGUUUAAACCAAACACGUGUGUUUUGGUUUGAACGUUUCGAAAAAAAUUUUUAUUGUUAUUCGUAGACCACGGCAUAUUUGAAACACCAUGCCAAAGGUACGCAGCACCCCGGGGAAGCCCCGGACGCAGGGAUUUAACCACUCCAACCACUCGAUGAAUCCGGAGCGCCCAAAAAGUGGCCUCAAGGGAGUCGCACACCCCCGCACCAAGGGGACAAUAAAGCGGCUGCAGAUGUACCGCAACUUCAAGGCUAAGCGCGACCGCACUGGAAAGAUCCUUACUCCUGCCCCUUUCCAGGGGCGCCUGCCGGCUGGAACGAUGGCCCGAGUAGAGCCCACGCCCAAGUGGUUCAGCAAUUCCCGAGUCAUCUCGCAAACGGCACUGCAGAAGUUUCAGGACGAGAUUGGCAAAGCUGUUAAGGAUCCCUAUCAAGUGAUCAUGAAGCCUUCCCAGCUACCAGUUACGCUGCUUAAUGAAGCGGCCAAGUACAAAAGGGUGCACCUUCUGGACACCGAAAGCUUUGACAGCACCUUUGGGCCAAAAAAGCAGCGCAAGCGGGUCAGCCUGAAAGUGCGAGACCUAGAGGAUCUGAGCAAGGCGGCGGAUGAUCAGGCCGAUAAGUACGAUUCGGCCAAAGAUUUGGAUCUGAUCCGGGAGGACACGGGCGAGAAGAAGGCCGUACGGGAUUGGGUCUUUGGUGCUGGCCAGAGCAAGCGAAUCUGGAACGAGUUGCACAAGGUUGUGGAUGCGUCCGAUGUACUGCUCCAGGUCCUGGAUGCCCGUGAUCCAAUGGGUACCCGUUCAAAGUACAUUGAAGAGUUCCUGCGCAAAGAAAAGCCACACAAGCAUCUGUUCUUUAUCCUGAACAAGGUGGAUUUGGUGCCGGUGUGGGUCACCCAGCGUUGGGUGGCCAUCCUGAGUGCCGAGUAUCCCACCAUAGCGUUCCAUGCAUCCCUGCAACAUCCCUUUGGAAAGGGUGCUCUAAUCAACCUGUUCCGUCAGUUGGGCAAACUUCAUUUGGAUAAGAAGCAGAUCAGCGUGGGUUUCAUUGGGUAUCCCAAUGUCGGUAAAUCAUCGGUCAUUAAUGCCCUACGCUCUAAGAAGGUAUGUAAAGUAGCUCCCAUUGCGGGAGAGACAAAGGUGUGGCAGUAUAUUACCCUGAUGAAGCGCAUCUUCCUGAUCGAUUGUCCCGGCGUGGUGUACCCCACCGCGGAAACGGACACCGAAAAGGUGCUGAAGGGCGUUGUUCGCGUGGAACUGGUCACCAAUCCCGAGGACUAUGUCGAUUCCUUGCUAAAGCGCGUGCGUCACGAAUAUAUCGCGAAAAACUACAAAAUAGAUAAUUGGAACACAUCCACACACUUCCUGGAGCAGCUUGCCCAGAAGACCGGCAAGUUGUUAAAGGGUGGCGAGCCAGAUGUAACGGUCACAGCCCGUAUGGUGCUUAACGAUUGGCAGCGUGGCAAGCUGCCCUUCUAUGUUCCUCCUGAAGGUUUUGCCACUCCCAAGUCACAGGAGGGUAAACAAGAGGAAGAAGUGGCCGCGGAUCCCAACGAAGAUGCCAAAUCUGAGGCACCCACCUUUGUAAGCGAAUCCGUGAAAAAGGCACGCGAGUUUAAGCAAAUUCAGGACUUCCGAAAGAUUCGCGUUGGUCUCGAGUACGAGCAGCAGGAUGUAAGGGAGCUAGACCACAUAGACCUUGAGUUGCUAGAACAGCAGAAGGCUGAGCGCGCGGCCAAGAAGAAGGCCCGUCUCCACAAACUCGGCGAAGAAGAGGAGGACUCGAGCGAUGGGGCGGAUGAGUUUUACUCUGAGGACGAGUACGACGAGGACUUGCAGCGUGUUGUGCAUAAGAAGGCGAAGGCGAAGAAGACGCAGCAACUGGCCAUUACAUCGUCUGGUAAAUUCCGAGUAGCCAAAACUCAACCGGGAGAUUCGGACGUUGCCGGCAGCUCCGAUGACGAUGGACCCAGCACCUCAAAGGCUCCUCGAUUGACGGCCAAGCAGAAACGCUCACUGGAGCGCAGCCAAAAACGCAAAAAGAUCGGUAGCAACUUCUACGAGACAACGAACGUGAAAAACCGCAAUCGGAACAAGAAGAAGGAUGCGUAAGACGUUUCGUUUACACUCUAGGCUAUAUUCUCUUGCAAGGAAAGAAACUACAUAUUAAGAAUCCAAAUAAAAAGCUGACCCUA